AUGCACCAGCUCCAGAGGGGCGAUUUCAUUUCGUUCAAUGAAAACCCACCAACGCUCCAGCCAAGUGUGCAAAGCAUGCCACCAGCGGACCCCAGGAUAGGAUCUAAUUCAAUUAAUAGCGUAAGCUACCAGGGUAAAACUAUACAAAUUUAUAAAAAGAUAUCAAAUGGAAUCGAGUUUUAUGAUAAUAAAAGAAAAUGGCAUGGUGUUAAAGAAGAGUUUCAAUCAGAGGCUAUAGCAGAAAAAACAAAUGGACAAGUCGAUAUGAGAAUAUCAGGAAAUUAUACUUUAACAAGUUUAAAACUUUUUAGAGAAACUACUUUAGCUCCAAAAAGAAGUGACAAGUUAGACGAAAAAGAAAAUGCAUGGUUAAAUUUAGCGUCAACCGAGGCGUCAUGGCCAAUUGCAUCAGCCACAAUAGAGGGAAAUCCUUCAAAGAAAAAAUGUGCUAAAGAAAAUGGAUUGAAUGUAUAUUUAAAAGAGGAAUAUCCAAAUGCGCUUAUAUAUGAAAAAGUACACGUAUUAGUGGAAAAGACAUGUUUGGUAAAUGGGGUAAUAUAUUGUACAACAUGGUGGAACAGCUAG